AUGAAGUCCUUCGCUGCUCUUUCUUUCCUCGCCUCCGUCGCUGCCCUCGUCGGUGCUCAGCGCAUCAAUGGCCCAGUCGAGUUCGUCUGUGAGGACCUGCAGGUCCUCUCCACCUCGUACAUUGGCGAUGCCAGCCAGGUGAAGGCGCAGACCGUGCACUGCGCCAACCUGGAGCGUCGCUCCAACCUUGUCAAGAGCAAGCGUGCGGCGCCCACCAACGUCUGCGGUGCUGCAUGCACUACCAACUGCUUCACCCCCUCUGGCGGAGGACCCAACCCCAACGACUGCCAGGUCAUCGCCGACGCGUUGCUCUAUGACAGCCAGAACACCGGCAACCUCUUCAACAUCACCAUCGGCACGCCCGUCUACAUGCAGUACGCGACCUGCGAGACGUUCUUCGUCAACCAAGCGAGCGUCAACCAGACCUACUGCCGCGACGACUGGUCCACUGUUACUGAGUACGUCGCAGACAACUGUCAGUCCACCCAGAACGCGCACGGCGGUAACUGCGUCGCCGACGACGGGAGCUGGUUCAUCCAGAUUCAGGCUUCUUAA